GCAUCGCAUUUAUAUCCUAGACGCCGACCGGACGAUCGAUGUACGUUAUUUAAAAUUAAAAUAACAAAAUAUAUUUUUAUUAUUUAUUUUUGCAUCAUUAAAUAAAUCGAUCGAGAAUGUGUUACAAAUUCAUGUUUUAUUUGAGAGCCGGUGUCCGUUGUAAUAAUUUAUUGAAUUCGUUCGUUUCACAAAAGAGAAGUUUCUCAGUUCACGGGAUAUCUUUGAAUGGCUUGAGCGUAGACAAGAGAGCAUUGGCUAGUGCUGAAAGGAAACAGAGAACCUUCACUGACAGAUCGCAGCUAAAGUACGCCAGAAGAUUGGUUGUGAAGUUAGGUAGUGCUGUGAUUACGAGAGAAGAUGGAAACGGACUGGCUCUCGGUCGACUCGCUUCUAUUAUAGAACAGGUUGCCGAAUGUCAUCACGAAGGACGCGAAUGCAUAAUGGUGACGAGCGGCGCCGUAGCGUUCGGGCGGCAGAAACUGACGCAGGAGCUGCUCAUGUCUUUAUCCAUGCGGGAGACUUUGUCACCAAGCGAUCACACUAGAGAGGACGCAGGCAGCAUUUUGGAUCCGAGGGCCGCUGCGGCGGUCGGUCAGUCGGAGCUCAUGUCGAUGUAUGAUGCUAUGUUCUCUCAGUACAAUGUCAAAAUUGCACAGGUAUUAGUGACGAAGCCAGACUUCUACAACGAGGAGACCAGGAAAAAUCUCUUCUGCACGCUAUCGGAGCUGAUCUCUCUCAACAUUGUACCGAUCGUGAAUACCAAUGAUGCCGUCAGCCCUCCUAUGUACAUUCACGACGACACCGUUGUACCUGGAACUGGAAAAAAGGGUAUCGGUAUUAAAGACAACGACAGCCUCUCAGCGCUUCUGGCUGCAGAAAUCCAAUCAGAUCUUCUAAUCAUGAUGUCGGAUGUCGAUGGUAUUUACAACAAACCACCCUGGGAGGACGGCGCGCGGAUGAUGCAUACAUUCACUUCCAACGAGAUGGACCAGGUUCAGUUUGGGAAGAAAUCUAAGGUGGGAACAGGUGGUAUGGAUUCCAAAGUCAAUGCCGCCACUUGGGCCAUGGCGCGUGGAGUCAGUGUGGUCAUCUGUAACGGUAUGCAAGAGAAGGCGAUAAAAACCAUUAUUAGCGGUAGAAAAGUGGGAACAUUUUUCACGGACUAUGUUACUAGCUCCACCACUUCUGUCGAUGAAUUGGCUGAGAAUGCUCGUACUGGUGGUCGAGCUCUUCAGCAACUGACUCCUCUAGACAGAGCAUCUGCUAUUCACUCGUUAGCAGAUUUACUAUUGAGCAGACAAGAUCAGAUAUUAGAAGCAAACAACAAAGAUUUGGAGGAAGCUACCAAAAAUGGUGUAGCGAAACCAUUGCUAAACAGACUGUCGCUCAGCCAAAGUAAAUUGAAAACUUUAUCGGUGGGAUUGAAACAAAUAGCUGAUUCAAGUUACGAAAACGUCGGCAGGGUGCUUAGGAAGACUAAAUUGGCUGAGAAUCUCAUUCUAAGACAAGUUACUGUACCUAUAGGUGUAUUGCUAGUUAUAUUUGAAUCUAGGCCUGAUUCGCUACCACAAGUCGCGGCCUUAGCUAUGGCAUCAGCUAACGGUCUUUUACUCAAAGGCGGGAAAGAAGCAGCGUAUUCGAAUAAAGCAUUAAUGGGGCUAGUUAAGGAAUCUCUUAAAACGGUCGGAGCCGAAGAUGCUAUUUCUUUGAUUUCGACACGGGAAGAAAUAAGUGAUUUGUUAGCUAUGGACAAACACAUUGAUUUGAUAAUACCGAGAGGAUCGUCGGAACUUGUUCAAAGUAUCCAGAAACAGUCGCAGCACAUUCCCGUAUUGGGACACGCUGAAGGAAUAUGUCAUGUGUAUUUAGAUAAAGACGCCGACACAACUAAAGCUUUGAAGAUAGUACGCGAUGCGAAAUGCGAUUAUCCGGCCGCUUGUAAUGCUAUGGAAACCUUACUUGUGCACGAGGACCAUAUCUCAGGAUCAUUGUUCACUGACGUUUGUAAUAUGUUGAAGAACGAAGGUGUGAUAAUCCACGCCGGUCCAAAACUAGCGAGACAGUUAACCUUCGGUCCUGCGCCGGCGAGGACCAUGCGUCAUGAGUACGGAGCCUUGGAGUGUUGUAUUGAAGUCGUCAAGGAUCUGGAUGAAGCUGUUGAUCAUGUCCACAAAUUCGGCAGCUCGCACACUGACGUUAUUGUCACGGAAAACGAAAACGCAGCAAAACGGUUCCUGACGGCAGUGGAUAGCGCUUGUGUUUUCCACAACGUGUCGUCUAGAUUCGCUGAUGGCUUCAGAUUUGGUUUGGGGGCUGAAGUCGGAAUAUCGACUGCAAGGAUACAUGCAAGAGGUCCAGUCGGUGUAGAAGGUCUGUUAACAACGAAAUGGAUACUGGAGGGAACUGAUCACACUGCAGCCGAGUUCAAUGAGGGCAAACGAAACUGGAUACACGAGAAAAUGCCAGUCGCAUGAACCUUCCGAAGCAACGUUUGGAUGAAGCUAUUACUUCAAUAGAAUAUUGUCGAGAAAUAUGGAGAUUAGAAUAAUUUAGAUUAAGUCUAACCAAAGAUGAAUAUUAGUUGCGGAAGUGAAUGAGUGAGUAUUUUAUAAGCGAAACUCAUUUUUGUAGGUAUUAUUUAGUAUGUUUAUAUAUUUUUUGUUUUCUUUCGAUGAUUUUAUUUAUUUUUGUAUUUAGUGCAUAAAAGAAGAAAAAAAAACGUUUUUUAAAUUAUGCAUUUUGGAAUACUAUUUUUCAUAUAGAUCUCUUAGGGAUUUGAUUGAGAUUUUGAUUCGCGCAAAUUUUUCAUUGUAAUUUUUUUUGUGUAAAAUUACACUGUUUUUUUUUAUACUAG